CGCCCGGCCAGGGUGAACACCGCGGCAGGAGAAAACGGGAGACUGUGAAGAGCAUGGGGAGCCUUUGUCGUGCAGCGUGAAACCCUUGUAAACCCUCAUCCCAAGACCUUCAAAUUUUAGCCUAGGAGACCCCAGAUCCCCUCACCCUGAGAAGCUCCAAAUCCUCUCAGCCUCAAAAGACCCCAAAUCCUGCCACCUUGAGGGAUUUAAAAUCCCCUCAGCAUGAAACCCCCAAAGUACCUCAGCUUCAGACACCCCAAAUCCCUUCACCCAGAGGAACAUCGAAUCUCCUAAUGCUUAGAUCCCCAAAUAUUCUGAGCCUGAGGAGCCACAAUUUCCCUCACCCUAAGGCACCCCAAAUACCUCAGCCUGAGGAACCCUAAAUAUCUCAGAGAGACCAAAUUUCCCCAACCACAGAUAACCUAAAUAGCCUGACAACUCAACCCCGUCAGCUUCAAGGACCAAAUAACCUCAGUGUCAAACACCCUAAAACCCAUUAAUGAGAGACCCAAAUCUCCUUUACCCGAGACCCAGAAUUUCCUCAGCCUCAAAUAUCCCAAAUCCUUUCAUCCCGAGGAACCCCAAAUCCCCUUAACCUGAUGAAUCUCAAAUCCUGUCAACUAGAGCACCCCAAAUCUCUUCAGCCUAAAAGACCCCUAAUCUCAUCCUGAAAAACCACAAAUACUAUCAGCCUGAGGGAUACCAAAGCUCCUCAGCUCGAGAUACCCCAAAUUCCCUCAACCUGAGAAACCCCAAUUUCUUCAGUCUAAGACAUCUCAAAUCCCCUCAGCCUGAGGGACCCCAAAUCUCAACCUGAGAGAUAGCUUCCCCUUAGAGAUGCAGACUGCUUUACUCCUGGAUUUUUCUAGAAUCCCCAGGUAGAGAUCCCCAAAUCCUGUCUAUGCAAAAUGUUCAUUUUGCCUCGCUAAAACAGAACCCUGCUCCUCAGUGUGACCCAAGUCCCAGCAGUCAGGGGGCCUCAAGGUCUCCUUGGGACUCCUCUGGCUCUCACACCUCAGGACUCCCCUCAAACACCAGUAGCUACAACCCUCCAGGCACCUGCGCCACCCUUCUCCAAAUGAGCCAAGCUGCAGGGGAACUAAAAGAACAAAAUCCAGCUUACAUUAGGUGGCAGCUCAUGGCCAGUGGAGGCCUUCCCAUCCCAUCAGUACCCCCAGACCUCCCUGGGGUGCUCGAGACCUCACCAGGAACCCAGUCUUCCUGCUCUGAACACCCCAGCCAGAUGGAGAAGACAGAGCCUGGUUCUGGGUAGUGCUCAGGGCUGUUGCCCCAUCUCAGCACCUUCUCCUUCCACAGGAGCCUUUGGCCUAGGAGCUGGGAGACUCAGGGGCCCUUCCCACACGCAGAAUUGGAGCAGGGCCUUCUAGACAGUCCCAGCACCAUGAGCCCUGAAAGGUCCCAAGAGGAGAGCCCAGAAGGAGACACAGAGAGAACAGAGCGGAAGCCCAUGGUCAAAGAUGCCUUCAAAGACAUUUCCAUAUACUUCACCAAGGAAGAAUGGGCAGAAAUGGGAGACUGGGAGAAAACUCGCUAUAGGAAUGUGAAAAUGAACUAUAAUGCACUGAUUACUAUAGGUCUCAGAGCCACUCGACCAGCUUUCAUGUGUCACCGAAGGCAGGCCAUCAAACUCCAGGUGGAUGACACAGAAGAUUCCGAUGAAGAAUGGACACCUAGGCAGCAAGUCAAACCUCCUUGGAUGGCCUUCAGAGGAGAACAGAGUAAACACCAGAAGAUUGUGAGAUGUGUCAGAACUUCUUCAUUGACAGCUGUGCUGCUCAUGGGCCCCCUACAUUUGUAAAGGACAGUGCAGUGGACAAGGGGCAUCCCAACCGUUCAGCCCUCAGUCUGCCCCCGGGGCUGAGAAUUGGGCCAUCAGGCAUCCCUCA